UGAAGAGUUAUGUUGGACAAGUGAGCAGCAGGCCAUAAGCAAGAGCAGCAACAACAAGCCGUAAACGAAACAGCUCGGCAAUCGGCAAACGGCAAUCAGUCAAAGGAAGAACGAACGGUAAAAGAAGGCAAAUCAACAGCAAGAGCAUUAUUAACGCAGCAGAGACAACACCAACGGCAACAUGUUUGACGUAUUCGGCUCCGUUAAGGGCCUGCUGAAGAUCGACCAGGUGUGCAUCGACAACAAUGUAUUCCGGAUGCACUACAAAGCCACCGUGAUUAUCCUGAUCGCCUUCUCCCUGCUGGUGACAUCUCGCCAGUAUAUCGGGGAUCCGAUCGACUGCAUCGUCGACGAGAUACCCCUGGGUGUGAUGGAUACCUACUGCUGGAUCUAUUCGACAUUCACAGUCCCGGAACGCCUCACCGGUGUGACCGGCAGGGAUGUGGUCCAGCCGGGCGUUGGCUCCCAUGUGGAGGGGAAGGAUGCGGUCAAGUACCACAAGUACUACCAGUGGGUGUGCUUUGUGCUCUUCUUCCAGGCGAUACUCUUCUACGUGCCGCGCUACCUAUGGAAGUCGUGGGAGGGCGGACGUCUCAAGAUGCUCGUGAUGGACCUGAACAGCCCGAUCGUGAACGAUGAGUGCAAGAACGAUCGCAAGAAGAUCCUCGUCGACUACUUCAUUGGCAAUCUGAAUCGGCACAACUUCUACGCCUUCCGCUUCUUCGUCUGCGAGGCCCUCAAUUUUGUGAAUGUGAUUGGACAGAUCUACUUUGUGGACUUCUUCCUCGACGGCGAGUUCAGCACAUACGGCAGCGAUGUGCUCAAGUUCACCGAAAUGGAGCCCGAUGAGCGCAUCGAUCCGAUGGCACGGGUCUUUCCAAAGGUCACGAAAUGUACGUUCCACAAAUACGGUCCCUCCGGCGAUGUGCAGAAGUUCGACGGACUGUGCGUGCUGCCGUUAAACAUUGUCAACGAAAAGAUCUACGUGUUCCUGUGGUUCUGGUUCAUCAUCCUCAGCAUAUUAUCGGGCAUCUCGCUCAUCUACCGCAUCGCCGUCGUUGCCGGCCCCAAGCUCCGUCACCUGCUCCUCCGCGCCCGUUCCCGCCUGGCCGAGAGCGAGGAGGUCGAGCAAGUGGCCAACAAGUGCAACAUCGGUGACUGGUUCCUGCUCUACCAGCUGGGAAAGAACAUCGAUCCACUCAUCUACAAGGAGGUGAUAUCCGAUCUCUCGCGCGAAAUGGUCGACGAUGAGCACAGUGCUCACAAGCGACCAUUCGAUGCCUAAAAUCUAAGCGAUGACAAACACGAAAACGAAGACGAAGAUGGAAGAUCAGGACGAGGACGAGAAAAAGAACGACACCGGGGUGCUCAUCCAUUCAAGGAGUGGGCGUGGCAGUGUGCCAGAGUGCCAUUUCACGCAGCCGAAAUUGGAUUAAGAUGAGGUUAAAUAUGGACUCUCCAAGUCGAUGGAUGUCAAUGUAGACGAGGCCUUUCGAGCUAAUUGAACACAUAUCAACGAAUUCCAUGAUAAAUGGGAUGGGAUGCAGUUUGGAGUUUGGAGAGAUGGCGAAACGUAUACUGCUGUAAAGGAAAUAUGAAUAAUAA